GUCUAGAGACAAUCAAAUUAUUUGCUCCAAAAAUGAAUCAGUCCCAUAGGAUGGAGAACUCUCGCCCAAAAUCUCUGGCAAAGCACUCAGUGCCCAAGUCGCAGAAGCAGUCCCCGAGGGAUGACUUCAAUCUGUGCGGCAAGCCAAGUUUCAUCGUUUGUAAGGGCAAAAGGAUUCCGGACCUCAACGAAGUGACCUCAGACACCUCGGAUCUUGAGCAGAAGAAGGCCGGCGAGGAGGCCAUACUGAAGAUCCAGAGCAUAGUGAAGCGUCAAAGCCGCAUCAUGUCAUGGGUGGACUGCAUUCUCUUCCGCAAGACGGAAGUCACCCAGGGUGUGAGCCAGAGCGAGGAUCCGGAGACAGACGAUUCCAUUGGCAAAUGAUGAGUUUUGAAAUUUUGAAUGUAAAAGAAAUAUAAGAGUAGAAAAGAGUAGAACUCUACACAGAUACCAGAUACCAUACAUUAGCUCUUCCUUGAGAUGUUUGGAUGUCUUUCCUGCUGUCUUUCUAUGCAGUCUUCUCCCUCCACGAAUCAGCUGUUCAGCCAGCGUUCAGCGACUUUUGCUGGAUUUGCUUCGAUUCCAAUUCGCUUUAUCAUUUUGUUUUUCAUAAAUAUUUAUAAGUGA